AUGGGCGCUAUAUUGCAAAGCAGGCCUGCUUCCGGAAUAGUAUCCAAACCGGAAGAACCUCGCCGCCUCUUUCUUCAUCGUCUCUGCUACCUGGUGCCUUUUCAAUUCACAAUCAAGAUGUCUGAAGAGCCCUUUAGGCCAAGGGAAAAGCUCGUUGAGAAGCAAAAGUUUUUCCAGAGCGUCCACAAACACACAUAUCUGAAAGGACGAUAUGAUAAGAUUACCUCAGUAGCCAUUCCUUUGGCAUUGGCUGCUACUUCUUUAUUUAUGAUUGGAAGAGGGAUCUAUAACUUGUCUCAUGGGAUUGGGAAGAAGGAAUGA